AUGGUCGGUAGUGAGAGUCGAUCAUUGACCGACCUUCCUCUCCACAUAAUUAUGGAGAUUCUCUUCUAUUUACCUUUUCAAGACCUUGAAAAUGUCGCCAAGACUUCCAAGACAUUGCGCAUUCUGAGCAAUGAAAGCAUCACUUACCAUAGGACAUUCAAAAACACAAGCAGUGCUUCUCAGUGGACAAAACGCCUGCUAUUCGAUUUUCUGCACAUUGUUGAUGGAAAGUCACGUCUGUUGGACUACAUUGACUCGCAUAACAUUUCAAUGGUAGAUGGAGUCCAUGCUUUGCAGAGCCGGUUCGAUCUGGGAGCAAGUGCACAUUUGCUAACGCAGCAAGAGCAUUUUGACGCAUUUUCUUCGCUCGAGGCACCAGAUGACGGUUUGAAGCACAGCAAAGGGCUCUCGAAAGAAUUACAGUUAAGGAAUUCCUUUGGGAUCUCGCGGCAAAUGAAUCAUACCGAUAAAGAUGGCCUAAUUUAUCUAAAAAUCCUUCAAGGCUUUCAGCGGAUCGCUACAAACAGUCACAGGUUGUUUGAGGACGAAUCCAACGAUCCCAAAAAUCACAAAGAUAGCCAUGCUCAUAAAAAAGCUACAGAGAGAUCAGAAAAGUCUAACAAAGUUACCGAGAUUGGCUCGGGUUUUUCCUCACCAGAACCAUCAAGUUCACGUCCACGCAGCCCAGAACCCAGUGAACCGGACGUAGUAAAUGCGAAAGAUGGCUCACCUAGCUCCUCGCAUGACUCUAGCUCGGCAAGCUCUCUGUUUUCGGAAGUGCCCAGAAUAUCGGACUUGACCUGGUCGUACUGUGAUGUGUUCAAAAGCGAAGAGCCCGCGAGCUCAGCUUCGGAAGGUGAAGACUCAGAUUCGAGCUCUUCGGUCAAGUAUUUGAGAGAGCUACAACGCUCCAGUAAAGUGAGUGAUAAAAAAUUCCUUUUUGAACGUUUAAACACACGACUCCAGAUAGGUCACGAACUGGGACAAUCCAAUAACGACGAGGAAAACAACUUGGCAACUAGAAGGCUGCGACACAACUCGGAGCUAGAACAAUCCAAUUCUCUUUCUUUGCGUCCCUCGCUGGAGGCUUCCGCAAGCUCGCAAGAAUUUUUGUCGAGAUACCAGGCGCACUUAGCUACAGCCGAGAAAAACAAACAGGAUGCUUCGCGCAAGAAAGGAAAACAAAGACGGCAUAACCAGGCUCCUCACAGAAGGGCACUGGUUGCUAAAAUCACGGACGAUAAUAGGAUAUUUUACGAAACACUUCAAUGA